AUGGCUCAGGUUGCGACGGUCUCCUUUGGCACUGAGCUCAAGGACGGCUACAAGCCGGUCGACAACUGGGUCAACCUGGGCAUUACCUGGCUCACCGAAAUCCAAGAAUUCUACCAGGAACGGUCUGCUAUAGAAAAGGAAUACAGCCAGAAGUUGGCCGCUCUGGCAAAGAAAUACUAUGACAAGAAAUCAAAACGAUCCAGCAACUUGAGCGUCGGCGACAAUCCCGCUCUGACCCCGGGUUCUCUAGAGUCCGCCUCCCUCACGACAUGGACCACCCACCUAUCGACGCUUGAGGCGCGAGCGAACGAACACGCGAAAUUCUCCAAAGACCUCAUCAGUCAAGUCGCGACGCCGCUGGAGUAUACCGCCACGAAACUCGAGGAAUUGAGAAAGAGCCAUGCCGAUUACAAUGCCAAACUGGUGAAGGAGAGGGACUCGUCUUACGGCGAUCUGAAAAAGUUGAAACAGAGAUACGAUGCGGUGUGUCAGGAGGUGGAGAACCGAAGGAAAAAGGCAGAAUCGUCUUUCGACAAAAGCAAGGCUCAAAGCACGUACAACCAACAGUUGAUGGAAAUGAACAAUGUCAAGAACACGUACCUGAUCGGCAUCAAUGUCGCGAAUAAGAUGAAGGAAUGCUAUUACCACGAAUACGUCCCGGAACUGCUCAACUCGCUGCAGGACCUGAACGAGACGCGUGUCUCGAAACUCAACUCGAUAUGGCUGGUGGCCGCCACCCUCGAGACCAAUACUCUCAAGAGAAGCACCGAGCUCAUGACCCGUCUCUCGAACGAAAUCCCCCGCAACAAUCCGAGUCUCGACAGCAACAUGUUUGUACGGCACAAUGCUGUACAGUGGCAGGAACCUCCUGACAUGGUUUUUGAACCGUCUCCUGUGUGGCUGGAUACGGACAACAUGAUGACCGACGAGGCGUCCAAAGUUUUCCUGCGCAACAUCCUCCAGAAGAGCAAGCCGCUCAUCAAUCAGCUCAAGGCCGAGUCCGCUCAGAAAAGGCGAGAGCUGGAAAACGUGAAGCAGGCUCGGCGAGACGGCAGAGACAGGCGUGACGAAGUAGAAUCGGUGCGGUCACAAUUUGCCCUGCAGGAGGAGCUGCAUGCCGUCGAGCGGAAACGAUUGACGGCGGAAGUGGAGACAUCGACUAUAACUUCGGUCGUGGGCGAUCUCAGCAUGUACGGCAAGAGUCACACCUUCAAAUCCGAGACCUUCAAAAUCCCGACCAAUUGUGAUCUGUGUGGUGAUCGCAUCUGGGGCCUGAGUGCCAAAGGGUUUAUCUGUACUGAUUGCGGCUUUACGUGCCACAGCAAAUGCCACAUGAAAGUGCCUGCCGACUGUCCGGGAGAACAGACGAAGGAAGAGAAGAAGAAGUUGAAAGCGGAACGACAAGCGGCAGCGCUGAUGGCCGUGGAAGCCCCUCCACCUGCCUCGAACGGUGCCACAUCUCCUCCUCCCUUAAUGAGGCAAGACACGAUGAGCAGUCUGUCCUCUGGGUACGCGGCCAGUGCCACAAGGUCUUUGUCUGGCGGCGUUCCCAGGUUGUCGGCCCUAGACGAUUCAGCCACCUCUUCUCCACUGACGACGAUUACCUCCAACUCUGGAUCCACGACGGUCACUGCGGCGAGACGAAACAGGAUUGUUGCACCACCCCCCGCGGCGUAUGUCAGUGCUCCUCCUGGCGCUGACGUGGCCGCCAACGGGAGUGGUCAACCCAGAGGCAAGAUGAUCUAUCCAUAUGAAGCCAGAGACGAGGGAGAAAUCUCUGUUCCAGAGGGUGCCGAAGUGAGGAUACUGGAACCUGACGACGGUGGCUGGACCAAAGUCCAUGCCGGCUUGGGUAAAGAAGGCCUCGUGCCAACUGCCUACCUGGAAGAACUGCCCACUGCCGCCAGUACGCCCGCACAGGAGCGGCCACCAUCGUUAUAUUCCAACUCGAGUGCCUCGCUGGCCUCGUCGAAUUUGGCGAGUGCGGGCAAAAAGAAGCAGGGCCCUGCAGUGGCGCCCAAACGAGGCGCGAAGAAGGUCAAAUAUGUGGAAGCUCUCUAUCCUUACACGGCCCAGAGUGACGCCGAGUUCGACAUGGCCGAGGGAGAGAAGUUUAUAUUGAUCAGUAUGGGCUCCGGAGAUGGGUGGGCCGACGUCGAGAAGAAUGGCGAGACAAGAAGUGUUCCUGCCAAUUAUAUCCAGGAGGUCUAG